UAAGAGCAGAAUCCUGAAAAAGUCUCUUGCAAGUUGUUUACACAUAACACAGUGCCACAGCCACAGAAGCGAGACGUACGUUUCACAGUGUGGGUCAUUUUUGUGAGGACAGCAAAACAACAAACCCCUGUGCUCCUGUUACCUCACGGUGCGCCCCCACAGCAGCUGCCUGAAUCACAGCAGUGAAGGCAGGAGCCGGAGAACGUCCUCGGAUAACACUUGAGAAAAGGUAGAAAUAUCAGCAGCAAAAAUGGGAUGCUUUCAAUUCCUCAAAUUCAUGAUGUUUGCGUUCAACGGCAUCAUCUUUCUGGCAGGUGCUGCCAUCCUGGGUGUUGGGAUCUGGGUGAAGGUGGAUAGCGGUUCCGUCCUUACCUUUCUUGGGAAAAUUGACAACAUGCCAGCAGAGCUAAGCCAGGUGCUCAAUGUGGGCUACCUGUUGAUUGCAAUUGGGAUCUUGCUAGUCGUCAUCGGCUUUCUAGGCUGCUGUGGAGCCAUGAGGGAGAGCAAGUGUAUGCUACUGCUGUUUUUUAUCAUAGUCUUGUUGAUCUUCAUAGCAGAGGUGGCAGGAGCAGUGGUUAUUUUGGUAUUCAGACCACUGGCUGAGGAGCUGUUUAACAAGAUUGGUCAGGAAGCAGUGAAGAGCAUCAAGCAGGGCUAUGGGAACAAUACUGACAUCACAGGACUGUGGAAUUCGACAAUGAGCACGUUUAAAUGUUGUGGAUUCUACAACUCAUCAGAAUUCAAGGAGUCUCCUUACUAUAAAAACCACAACAAUACAUUUCCACCACAGUGCUGUUUGAACCCUGGAAGCACAUGUACUGAUGGGACAAUCACUGGUUGCUUCCCAAAGAUCCGGAAGCUGAUUGACGAUAACACCGCUGCUAUAGUGGGAGUGGCGCUCGGGAUUGCAGCUCUGGAGUUAUGUGCCAUGGCUGUCUCAAUGAUCCUUUACUGCAGGAUAAAAUCUGAAAGUGUCUAACUACAAAGGACAAAGGCCUGAGAGAAAUCCUUUAAAUCACUGGAAUCUUUCUAUUUUUUUUAUCACUUCCUGUAAUGAAAGUCUUGUGCAAUCAGAUUUAAUAAUUUAAUGUAACAAAUCUAUUUUUGCUACAUUUAAAUCUAGCUAAUAGAUGCGAUUAACAAAUGUAUUUUAUCCAUGUAAACAUCUAUGUAUGUAUGCUAUCUACUUAAUCAGCUAAGCACACUGUACACACACACACACACACACACUGUGUAUUUGACCAAUGAUUAUUUAAUGUAGUCCGUUAAUGAGGAAUUCAGUGAUAAAUGUAUUCAUUGUGAUAAUGAAACAAAACCUGUUGUCAAUGUUGGGCACUGAAAGGGGGAUUUUUUUCUUUGUUUGCUUGUGUUCGUUUUGCACAAUUCAGCUUGUAAAUUAGCACCAAAGUUGAUACAUGAUAUGUUUAUAUGGUCUAAAAGUGACUGAUUCUUAAAUAAAGUCCACAUUUCUGGGAGUUUUU